AUGCGCGCGCUCGGGCAGCGCGCGACGUCGACGACGACCGCGGCGUCCGAGAGACGGAGCACCCCACGUUCAACCGCCGCGCGUCGACGCGUCGUUCCACGCGUCGGCGACGAGAGAAACGAUGACGCAUCGAGUUCUCACAUCGUCGCGCUCGCGACGCUCUCGACCGCGCUGCGACGCGUGGACGACGCGCGACGCGCGAACGACGGCGCGCGAGGCGGAUGGAUCGAUAUCGCGGGCGCCCGGGUUCGGUUACCCCGCGGUGCGAGGCCGUGGGCGUGCGCGCACUUCGUCGGGGGCGCGGCGCUGGGGGCGUUUCCCGACGUCGCGUACGACGGAUUGUUGACGAGGUGCGCGGACGAAACGGGCGUCGCCAUCAUCGCUACGGCGUACGACGUGGAUUUGAACCAUGAGAAGAUUGCAAAGGCGUGCGGGGAGAUGUACGCGCGAGCGCGCGCGGAGGUGUGCGAGCGCGAGGGGUUGGACGCGCGAACGACGCCGACGUUUCGAUUCGGGCACUCGCUCGGGUGUAAGCUCGUGACGAUACUCGCGUGCGAGGACGCCGCUCGGGGCCGUAGUGGUGGGAUUGGGGGAGUGGCGGGCGAUGGUACGAUCGACAUGGACUGGGACGAGGCGAGCGGGACCGCGGUGGCGGCGCGUCCGAGCGCGAGUGGGUCAGGCGACGUCGCCGUGGCGGGACAUUUCAUGGUCGCGUUUAACAACGCCGAUGCGGCGGAUUCGGUGAAGUUGAUUGAAAAAUUCGCGCGUGAGCUGUUAAAAAAGCGAACCGGGGAGAGCGGUGGCGUAGGGGCGGACUUUUUCUCAUCGCUCCCUUCGCUCUCCGCGUUCGCCGAGCGCGCGGUGAAAGCGGCCGGACUCGAAUUCGUGCCGACGCCGAAGGAAACGCUGGAGCGCGCACGAACGCGUUUCGUGUCUCGACGAACACGUUUAAUCAAGUUCAAAAACGACGAUUUAGAUCAAAACCGAGAGCUCAUGGAGGCGCUCGAGACGCGAUUCAAAGUGUAUCCAGGUCGCGUUGACGCACGAGAGUUGGAUUUUGGGAACCAUCUCACGCCUGUAUACUUUAGCUUGGACGGCUUGAAACUGUCCCCUGCGCUUGAAAAGCUCGUCGGGCAGUUCUCGCUCGGGGACGAGGAGGGGGUGAAACGGUUAGCGGACGAAUUCUCGGCGUUCAUUCGUGAGAAAUAG